GGCGGCAGGAAGGGAAGGGGCGUGUGUGUAAGAUGGCGGCGCUCAGCGCGUGGGUCCCCACAAGGCUGUCACGGGCGGCGCGGGCUCUAUGGGGCUGUCGCGCCCGACGGGGCCUCGGGCAAGACGCGGCGGCCGCGGGCGGAGGGACAGCCGCCAAGCCUGCCUUCACGGAUGAAGCGGUUCAGAAUCUGCUUUACAAAAUGACAGGGCUCAACCUGCAGAAAGUGUUUAGGCCGGUGAAGAAGGAACUUAAGCCACCAACAUACAAGCUGAUGACAGAAGCUCAGCUGGAAGAGGCCACAAGAAAAGCCAUUGAGGAAGCUAAAGAAAGACUAAUGAUGCCCCCUGUUUUGGAUGAACGAGAGCCAAUUGAUGAUGUCUUAGCAGAAGACAAAUUACUUGAAGGAACUGAAACUACAAAAUAUAUCUUUACAGAUUUAACUUACUCUGUUCCACAUCGUGAACGUUUCAUUGUUGUUAGAGAACCGAAUGGUGUGUUACGCAAAGCAACUUGGGACGAGCGAGACAGAAUGAUACAGAUAUUCUUCCCACAAGAAGGGCGCAGAGUUAUUCCCCCAGUGCUAUUCAAGGAUGAGCACCUUGGGACCGUAUUUCAGCAAGACCGUCAUGAGGAUGUCCUCAACAUGUGCAUUGCUCAGUUUGAGCCAGAUUCAGCUGACUAUAUCAGAGUUCAUCAUCGGACGUAUGAUGACAUUGAGAAACAUGCCAAAUACGACCUGCUCCGUUCAACAAGACAUUUUGGAGGCAUGGUAUGGUAUCUAGUCAACAGAAAGAAAACGGAUGGCUUACUAAUAGAUAUGAUCAACAGAGACUUGCUGGAUGAUGCUACGAGUUUAAUUACACUGUAUCACAUGCUUCAUCCUGAAUGUCCAUCAGCAAAAGAAGCUAAGGAAGGGAAGCUUCAAGGAGUUGAUCUGAUCAAGGCAUUUGCAAAAACUGAAUCACAGAGAGAAGGCUAUAUACAAUUGGCCCUCCAGACCUAUGAAGAAACAAUGGCUACUUCUACAGCUUCAUGAAAUUCACCUUUGUUCCUCACAAGUUUUAAGUCUGUUUAUAAACAUUCUCUGUACAGGAUUCCACAAUAAAUACUUCAAACA